UUCAUUUGGAUGGGUGUGAUGACAUGGAAAACAGCACAUUUUAUUAGUCUCCCCAAAUCUUGAGGAAGAGAUGCUUCAGUGGUCCAACUAUCUCAGACAGAGCCUAUAUAAUAGGUUGCUGGUGAUUCUAUUGAUGACAAUCUACCAAGACUUAACAGGUGAGACAGGAGGUGUCCAGGCCUGGACAUAUAACUACAGCGUCAACCAGAAUCUGGACUGGGAUUCGGCCCGCCAGUGGUGCAGGCAGGACUACACGGACAUGGUGGCCAUCCAGAACCAGGAGGAGAUCGUCUAUCUCAACACCAUGCUCCCUAAGAACUCACAAUACUACUGGAUCGGCCUCCGCAAGGUGAAUGAGAUGUGGACCUGGACGGGGACUAACAAGACACUGACCAAAGAGGCGGAGAACUGGGCCGUCGGGGAGCCCAACAACGUAGGGGACGGACAGGACUGUGUGGAGAUCUACAUCAAAAGAGGAAAGGACGAAGCCAAGUGGAACGAUGAGAGAUGCACAAAAAAGAAGGGAGCCCUGUGCUACACAGCUUCUUGCUCAGAGCAUUGCUGCAGCGCCCAUGCAGAGUGUUUAGAGAACAUAGGGAACUACACCUGUCAAUGUGACCCUGGCUUCAAGGGCCCCCGGUGCCAGGAAGCCGUAGAGUGUGACACUGUGUCGGACCCAGAGCAGGGUUCAGUGAACUGUGACCAUCCUCAUGGGCUGUUUGCCUUCAACUCCUCUUGCCAGUUCCACUGUGCCCAGGGAUACCAGCUGCAGGGGGCAUCACAACUGCUCUGCCAGGCCACAGGGCUCUGGGACCACCGUGCCGCUCAGUGCCAAGUCAAACAGUGUCCAGCGCUGGACAGUGGUCCUCAUAGAGGGACUAUGAACUGCAGUAACCCCAUCGCCCUGCACAGUUAUAACUCCACCUGUGAAUUCAGCUGUGAUUUGGGGUUUGACCUAAUAGGACCAGACAGGAUUCAGUGUGACCACACAGGACAGUGGACAGGCAACGUCUCCACCUGCACAGUGGUGAGGUGUGGCCCCCUGUCCCCUCCUGCCAUGGCGAACAUGUCCUGUGUGGACCCCCUGGGGGCUUCCUCCUUCACCUCCUCCUGUGGGUUCUCCUGUGAGGAGGGCUACCUGCUGAGAGGAGACACCAACCUCACCUGUUUAUCUACUGGACAAUGGACCAACCACACACCUGCAUGUGAACCUCAGCAGUGCGACAUCUUAACCUCUCCCCCGCACGGCUCCAUGAACUGCUCUGGCCUCCAUGGUCAGUUCCACUACGGGUCCCAGUGUCUGUUCUCCUGUGAGGAGGGGUUCCUGCUGAACGGGUUGGCUGAUACAGAGUGCACCUCCCUGGGCACAUGGAGCAGGAGAGCCCCCCUCUGUCUCGCUCAGCAGUGCGACAUCUUAACCUCUCCCCCGCACGGCUCCAUGAACUGCUCUGGCCUCCAUGGUCAGUUCCACUACGGGUCCCAGUGUCUGUUCUCCUGUGAGGAGGGGUUCCUGCUGAACGGGUUGGCUGAUACAGAGUGCACCUCCCUGGGCACAUGGAGCAGGAGAGCCCCCCUCUGUCUGGUGGUGAGGUGUGGUCGCCUGUCCCCUCCUGCCAUGGGGAACAUGUCCUGUGUGGACCCCCUGGGGGCUUCCUCCUUCACCUCCUCCUGUGGGUUCUCCUGUGAGGAGGGCUACCUGCUGAGAGGAGACACCAACCUCACCUGUUUAUCUACUGGACAAUGGACCAACCACACACCUGCAUGUGAACCUCAGCAGUGCGACAUCUUAACCUCUCCCCCGCACGGCUCCAUGAACUGCUCUGGCCUCCAUGGUCAGUUCCACUACGGGUCCCAGUGUCUGUUCUCCUGUGAGGAGGGGUUCCUGCUGAACGGGUUGGCUGAUACAGAGUGCACCUCCCUGGGCACAUGGAGCAGGAGAGCCCCCCUCUGUCUCGCUCAGCAGUGCGACAUCUUAACCUCUCCCCCGCACGGCUCCCUGAACUGCUCUGACCUCCAUGGUCAGUUCCACUACGGGUCCCAGUGUCUGUUCUCCUGUGAGGAGGGGUUCCUGCUGAACGGGUUGGCUGAUACAGAGUGCACCUCCCUGGGCACAUGGAGCAGGAGAGCCCCCCUCUGUCUGGUGGUGAGGUGUGGCACCCUGUCCCCUCCUGCCAUGGGGAACAUGUCCUGUGUGGACCCCCUGGGGGCUUCCUCCUUCACCUCCUCCUGUGGGUUCUCCUGUGAGGAGGGCUACCUGCUGAGAGGAGACACCAACCUCACCUGUUUAUCUACUGGACAAUGGACCAACCACACACCUGCAUGUGAACUGGUCCAGUGUGAGAACCUAUUGCCCAGACAGCCAUCUCUACCACCCACUCCAUCCUCAACCCCACCAUCAACCCAGGGACCCUUCAUGAACUGCUCACACUACCUAGGGGAGUUUAGCUUCAGCUCUCUGUGCCUCUUCACCUGCAGCAAAGGUUACUAUCUGAACGGAACAGAAGAGCUAUCCUGCACCUCAGAGGGACAAUGGAGUGACCUCGUGCCCUCUUGCCAAAGAAACAUCAACUCUGUCCAAGAGUCCUCUAGGAUGCUGGUCUAUGCAGUGGUGGGAGCUGCCUCUGCUGCCGGGCUGUUACUACUGCUGGGUCUGGGCAUGCUGGCCGCAAAGAAGCUCCGCAAGAAAGGUGACUUCCACUUUGAUAACUCGUUAUGGGAGGAAAGAGAGAACCCUGCUUUUGAAAAUUCUUAAAAAAUAAUGUGCUUAAUGACAUUGUACUGUAAAACAAGGUUUUGUAUAACGAGUUAAUUGCUUUCAAUGUAUUUAAAGCCAUCACUGUUCCUUCUAUACCUAUUUUUGUGUAUGGGCUGUUAAAGCUAAAAAUAUAUAACUUUUGGGCGACCCGACCAGAUUCACGUAGAAAUGUGAGUUAUAGACAUGUAAUUAUUGAAAAUAAGUCUAAGAAGCUGUUAUAUCUGUUCUAUGUAUACUAUUUCUAUGCUUCCCAUUCUUAAAUUUAGUUUUUGGCAUCUUUUACUUUCUGGUUUUUGUACACCAGCUUCAAACAGCUGAAAAUGCUAUAUUUCUGGGUGAUUGAAAAUAUAUUUCACAGCGAUUUAAAUGGUACAAUGAUUCUCUACACUCUGUUUUGUGUAAAUUAGGAAAACUAUUUGAAUUUUAGCAACUAGAAAAUGGCGGAGUGAUUUCUGCAUAUUUCUCCUUUUUAAUGGAUGUUAGAUGUGUAGGAUUUUAAUUUGACCCGUAUUGUCACAGAAAAAUAAUCAACAGGAUUUGAACAUUUAAUCCAUUCACACUUUUCGUGAUGUAAUGUUGCUUGAUCGGUGGUUAGGCCAUUAGCUGGCCGAAAUGGGGCUACAUUACAGUGCAAUAAUGUUAAUAUAAUAGUGUGUUAGUGGUUUUCAGUGAAUUUAUGUCCAUCCUGCAGCGCAGGAAAAUUCUCAGCGACAACAGGCUGAUCAAAUGAAGAUCCCAUAUCUGAAUGUAGCUUGUAGUCAAACUCAUGGCUUUCUAUGUUUCUCAUCAUGUUCACUUGGACAAAUGUUGAAUUCAAUAUAUUGAGAUCAAUAGAAUGCGCAGAAUGUGCAGUGCUGUAAAAAAAAGUAUUUUAUUUUUAAGAAUAACAAAACAAAACAAUAUAUAUAUACUUAUUUUAUUUAUUUAAUUAACACAAUUGUGCCAGACCCAAUUCCCCUGUGUGAAAAGUAAUUCCCCUUUACUCUCAAUAACUGGUUGUGCCCCCUUUUAGCUGUAAUGACUCCAACCAGACACUUCCUGUAGUUGUUGAUCAGUCUCUCACGUCGCUGUCUCCCCCUGCCCAUCUCACCCCUUUCUAACCCCGCUCUCUCUGGAGGCUGGAGGGUUGCUAGGUGACCACAAGGUGUCAACCUGGCAUGUAGUGUCCUGCCUGUCUGACAGGUGAUCCAUCAUCUAAACAUUGAUAGUAUUGUCAGGGUUGGAGUCAACUCCCUUCCAACUCCAUCUAUUUCAUAAUGUGGACUGAAACGGAAUGCUCUCUUGAACAAGCCAACAUAACCCUUAAAUAUGACACUGUUAGGUAAUUUGGGGAUAUUAGCAAGCUAGGAGCAAUACAACCAUUAUUUUGUAGUAUUUAUAAAGAAUUGUUUGGGCCUUUGGAAAGCCUUGACAUGAGGCACUUAACUGAUCACAAUAUGAGUUUUAAUCAGUGUUGGGGGGUAGUAAACUGCAUGUAGUUUAACUAGUAAUUUAACUACAUUAGCUUGUUGGCAGUUGAACUAAAUUUAAAUCUUGGUAGUGUUUUCAGUAGUUGAAUACUUUGUAGUGAUGUAGCUAACUGCUGGAACAACACACUACAUUUGCACCAAACAAAAAUAAAAUAUGUUUGAAGUAGGCAAUAUAUAUAUAUAUAUAUAUUUUUGCAUCAGACCUUGCCUAAUUCUCAAUUGAAACACAGCUUUUGUGUUUAAUAGGCUAAAUGACACAUUCUGACAUCAGAGUGAUCUAUCCUGCCAAUUUGUAGUCUAUGACAUUCCCAGCCUGGUCUCAUAGAUUAAACGUAAACAGGUAACGUAAAUCCUGGACACUCAAAUGAGUUUGAUAUGUUACAUUUGGUAUGGUUACAUGAGACAGAUGGUUACUAAAGGUAAAAACAAAAGGAAGGCGAUUGGUCGGGGUGGAUGGAUGGGUGUAUAACGCAAACGUCUGGCAACCCAAAGGUGUGUUCGAUUCUCAUCACGGACCACUUUAGCUAAUUCGCAACUUUUCAACUACUUUUUAGCUACUUAGCAUGGUAGCUAACCCUAACAUUAACCCUAACCUUACAUCUUUAACCUAACUCCUAACCUUAACCUUAACCCGAACCUUAACCCUAACCGUUAGCCAAGCUAACAUUAGCCAGCUAGCUAAUGUUAGCGUUAGCCACUUAGCUUAAAUUAACCACAACAAAUUGUAAUUCAUAACAUAUCAUACGUUUUGCAUGAUCAUAAUAUAUGGUACGUUUUGUUCAUUCGUAACGUAAAGUACGGAUUGUAAUUCAUAACAUAUCAUGCGAAAUGUGUGAUGGACAUCCCCCAAAUUAAUCCAUACCAUACAAAAACGUAACAUAUCAUACAAAAUGGAGUGUAUUUAACAAGUUAUGCGAAAUGCUCUGAGACCAGGUUAACAUUUCAGACCAAGAUAUGAUCAUCAUUUUUCAAAGUAAGUAACGUUCAGUAAUCUAUAUUUUCCAUAAAGGUAGCUUUAGCGUAGCUUAGAUUCUUCCAAUGUGAAGCAAUUGGUAGCUUGGUAACAGUGGAGGCUGCUGAGAACGGCUCAUGAUAAUGGCUGGAAAGGAGCCAAUUAAAACCAUGUGUUUGAUGUGUUUUAUACCAUUCCACUGAUUCCGGUUCAGUUAUUAUCAUAAACCAUGUGUUUUAUACCAUUCCACUGAUUCCGGUUCAGUUAUUAUCAUAAACCAUGUGUUUUAUACCAUUCCACUGAUUCCGGUUCAGUUAUUAUCAUAAACCAUGUGUUUUAUACCAUUCCACUGAUUCCGGUUCAGUUAUUAUCAUAAACCAUGUGUUUUAUACCAUUCCACUGAUUCCGGUUCAGUUAUUAUCAUAAACCAUGUGUUUUAUACCAUUCCACUGAUUCCGGUUCAGUUAUUAUCAUAAACCAUGUGUUUUAUACCAUU